CCAGAGCCGUGGGGAAGGGAAGGAGUGGAAAGCUCUGAGCCCAGGUCCUGCUGCCUCUGCGUGCCCUGGGGACGCCUCAGCAGGAGGAUGAGCUCCUGUCCGUGCUGGAUUCCUGCUGCCACCUCGCUCGGCACCUCGGUGCUCUGCGCUCUCCUCUUGCUGGCCUUUUACAUCAUGCUCAGCAGGAAAAUUGCCCAGCAUUCCUGUGGGAUGCAGGUGAGGAACAGCCCUGGGGUCCAUCCCAGCCCUCAGCCCACCCCAGCUCCAGCCUCGGCACCGGGAGGGGACACGGCACAAAAACCCGGGGCACAAAAACCUGGGGCACAAACCCCAGCAGCAGCCUAUGCAGGGAGCAGUGACACGUCUUCAGAAACCUCGGAGGAGUCGGACAGCCCUUCCUGCCCUCAGGGCCCUGGCUUGGAGGAAAACAUCCAUUACACAUCCCUGGUGUUCCCAGGGAAAGGCCACGAGCCGGGCUCUGCCCAGGACUACGAGAACGUGAAGACUGGCAUGGAUUACGUCAAUGUGGACCCAAAGAGGAAGAAAAUUCAUUUCUGGCCCUUCUCCAGCAGCACCAGGGCAUCCAAGGGUGUGGAGUACACCGAGGUGAAGCUGUGACACUGACGUGGGGCUGUGACACUGACGUGGGGCUGUCACACCAGGGUGAAGCUGUCACACCAGGGUGCUGCUGCUCAGAGGUGCCCAGAGCCCCCAGCAGCUGCACAGCUGGCACUGUCCCCUUCCCCUGGGCACUGCCUGGCACGGGCAGCACCACUUGUCCCCCCCCGACCCGCAGGCACAGUUUCCUUGGCUUGUCCUUAAAGGCAGCUCUGUUCCCCGGGGCUGCAGGGUGGGGCAGGUUCCUCCAGCCCGGCUGCGAUCAGCUCUCCCCUUCUGUGUCCCGGCUCUUCACCCUCGUUUACUGAAAGCAAAAGAAACAUUCCCCCCUCUCCUCUCACCGUGGGCACUUCAGGGAGUGAUCCCCAAAAUCCCCGCUGAGCUGGCUGGCAGCUCCUCUCAGUGGUGGGGCUUUGCUCAUCAGCCUCAUAAAAUCCUUGUAAAUGCAGAUUUUCCACUGGCUUUCCCCUCACCUUUUGCUUUCCCUGCUUUGUCCCCGCUCCAGGUGCUGGGGUCGGUCUCUCCCCACCUGGGCCCUGUCCCUGCUCCUCACUCUGCAUUUUGUCACUUCAGAAUUUUCCAGAAAUAAACUUCCAAAGUGCCUGGGAACGGGAAUGGUGCCCCAGUGGGAGCUGUGUAAGGGGAUGGAGCUGCUGCCUCCCAGCACAGCCCCCCUUCCUCCCCAAGUGUGUUUUAAACGGGCUCAGCAGCGCUGUGAUUUAAUGCAAGGUUGGAGACGAUUGAUUUGGGAUUGAUCAGUGGCAGGGAGAGCCAGGCACUCCUGGUUUCAUGACCUUGUGGUGCAGAUCUGCCCCAACUCGAAGGGCACGUGAAGGAAAACAUCCCAAAAACCCCAACAAUUCCUGGGCAAUGCUGGAAAAACCCAGGAGAGAUAUGAUUAUGAAGCUGGAGCUGAGGCCAAAACCAG